AUGGAGCGGCCUCUCUUAAGCCCGGCCCUGUGGGGUUGGUGGCUGUGGCUGCUCUGCCAGCCGGGCCUGGCAUUCUGGGGUUCACAGCUGAGCCGGAACUGCCACAACGGCAGCUACCAGAUCAGCGUGCUGAUGAUGAACAACUCGGCCUUCCCCGAGUCCCUGGACAACCUGAAGGACGCCGUGAAUGCCGGCCUGGAUGUGGUGAGGGUGCGGCUGCUGGCGGCCGGAAUCCAGGCAAAGGUGAAUGCUUCCUUCAUGUAUUCGGACGGCCUCAUCCACAACUCCGGGGAUUGCCGCAGCAGCACCUGUGAAGGCCUGGACCUGCUGCGGGAGAUCACGAGGAGAAACCAGAUGGGCUGUGUGCUGAUGGGACCUUCGUGCACCUACGCCACCUUCCAGAUGUACCUGGACACGGAGCUGAGCUACCCCAUGCUGUCCGCGGGCAGCUUCGGCCUGUCCUGCGACUACAAGGAGAGGCUCACGCGCCUCAUGGUGCCCGCGCGGAAGCUGCUGUACUUCCUCGUGGACUUCUGGAAGGCCCAGGACCUGCCCUUCAAGACCUUCUCCUGGAACUCGUCCUACGUCUACAAGGACACCUCCGACUACGCCGAGGACUGCUUCUGGUACCUCAAUGCGCUGGAAGCCGGAGUCUCCUACUUUUCUCAGGUGCUCAGCUUCAAAGAAACCCUGAGGCGUCAAGAUCAGUUCCGGGAUUUCUUAACAGACAGACACAGGAAGAGUAAUGUGAUUGUCACCUGCGGGACCCCAGACCACAUCAACAAGCUGGUAGGAGACCAGGCCGUCGAUGAAAACACUGUCAUCAUCCUGGUGGAUUUGUUCAAUGACCACUACUUUGAAGACAACGCCACUGCUCCUGACUCCAUGACCAACGUCCUGGUCCUCACGCUGCUGCCCAGAGACUCCGUCCUGAACAUCUCCUUCUCCAGGGGCCUGCUGCCGGAGAAGAAGGACUUCGCGCUGGCCUACCUGGACGGCACGCUGCUGUUCGGACACCUCCUGCAGCUCUUCCUGCAGCGCGGCCAGGCCGUGGACAGCACCAGCUUCCCGCUCGCCUUCCGGAACCUCACCUUCCCAGGUUACAGGGGCCCCGUGACCUUGGAUGACUGGGGUGACAUUGACAACACCAUGGCGCUCCUGUACACCUCUGUGGACACCCGGAAGUACAAGCUCCUGCUCACCUACGACACGCACCUGAACCGCACGCACGCCGAGGACGCCAGCCCCUCGUUCCUCUGGAAGAACCACCGUCUCCCCAACGACGUGCCGGGCCUGGGCCCGCAGGUGCUGCUGAUCGCCGUGUUCACGCUCACGGGCACGGUGGUGCUGCUGCUGCUCAUCGCGCUGCUGGUGCUCAGGAAAUACAAGAGGGACCACCAGCUCCGCCAGAAGAAGUGGUCGCACAUCCCCUCCGCCUGCCUCCUGCCCCUGGAGACCAGCGAGGCCGGCCCCGUGAGCCUCAAGAUCGACGAGGACAGGAGGGGCGACGCCACGCAGCGGCUGCAGCAGUGGAAGUACGACAAGAAG